ACGCAAAACGAUCACGUGACAGAGAGGAAAACAAAGACGAGUUCCACGGAGGAAGUUUGAAGGCUCACGCUGCUUCGAUAGUGGAUCACCCGGUCUCACCGCAACCUGUCGUUGACACGUACAGCACCUGAAUGUAAGUCAAGCUUAUUUUCCAUGUAACCAAUUUCUCGGUAUUCAGAAGCUUCAGGGACUCGCUGUCGGUCCGUUAGGGUUUUGCUGGACGGUAGUGAGUCGUGACAGCAGAAUAAACCAUCUCGGAUGCUAGCGAGAGCAACUACUCGCUCGCUCGCACAACUAGCUAGCUAGCUAGCUCACCGGCGUCAGGUGAUGAAAGCGCGUGAAGGUUCUGCGAUGGCAACGAAUUCGCUGGUGCAGAGGAUCGCGAGGCAGGCGCUUGCCACCUUCUGUAAGCCGCUUCACGUCUUCCCCGACAAGCAUCAGCAGCUGCUUGGCCUCAUGAGCCAGGCGCGAGCCACCGACCUCCACCUGCAGCCGCCGGCCGUCGACUCACCCCCUCCAAGCGGCGCCCCCCCGGUCACCUACAUGCACAUCUGCGAGACAGAGCACUUCAGCAUGGGCGUAUUCCUGCUGAAGAGCGGCGCCUGCAUUCCCCUGCACGACCACCCGGGCAUGCACGGCGCGCUCAAAGUCUUGUAUGGAAAGCUGCGCGUCAGCUGCUUCGACAGGCUGGACAGUCAUUCAGCUUGCACCCACUUGCGGCCCUCCUCCAGGCCGCAGGUGGGCGCCGUACGGCGCUCUGUGCUGCGAUCCAGCGCCGAGUACACGGACGUUAGUGAGGCUUGCCUGCUUGCGCCCGACCGUGACAACCUGCACCAGAUCAACGCCGUGGAGGGACCCGCCGCUUUCUUGGAUGUCCUGGCGCCACCCUACGACCCGGACGACGGACGUGACUGUCACUACUUCCAGGUGCUCCAGGGGCCCAAGCUGCACGAGCGCGAGGUCUGGCUGAUGGAGAUCGCGCAGCCUUUGUCAUUCUGGUGCGGGACCGAACCCUACCCGGGCCCCGAGGUGCGCCUCUGACAUCCCGUCAAAUCCACCAUGUUUUGCCUCCUGGCAGUGAUUCUGACCAAAGACAUUCUGAUUGCUCAGCGUCUGAUUGACAACUUGAAUGUUUAGAAUGAGGUUGCCCGAGCAUUUAUUGAGUCAACUGGUGCAUAUAUUACACAAGUGAAAGGUCAGAGACUGAAAUACAUUUGUUAAUCAAGGCUGCACUAUAUAGUGAAUGAAUGGAUUAUUUACAAAUGUACCUGGUGACAAUCGAGUCGUUGUUUAAUGGAAUGCAAAUCUUCAUUGUCAACGGCCUCUACUUGUCUAGCGCCUUUCGACUUUUUUUGUUCCAAGAGGUUCACACCUAUUCCUCAUUCACCUGUUAACGAAGACAAGCCAUCAGGAGUGACUGGGGCAAGGCCGUCUUAGUCAAGGGCACUUCCACAACAUCCGAGCUGCUUGACAGAACUGUGAAGUUCGCCUCAAACAUUUCAAUGUAAAAGCUGGUCAACAAUUGCAUGUAAGAAAUGAGCAAUGAAUUGUCAUUACUAAUAAAUGCAAUUGGACACUGCA